UGGGGAUAGCAGGCGUGCUCUGCUGAUUCAUUUUCAUCACUGCCAACAUGGUGAUCAAAGUCUUUGUAGCCACAUCUUCGGGGUCUACGGCGAUCAAAAAGAAACAGCAAGAAGUAGUGGGCUUUUUAGAGGCCAACAAGAUUGACUUUCAGCAAAUGGACAUAGCAGGUGAUGAAGACAACAGGAAAUGGAUGAGAGAGAAUGUCCCAGGUGAAAAAAAGCCUCAAAAUGGAAUUCCCCUCCCUCCACAGAUCUUCAACGAGGAGAGAUACUGUGGGGAUUUUGAAUCCUUUUUCUCUGCUAAAGAAGAAAAUAUUAUUUAUUCAUUCCUGGGUCUUGCUCCUCCUCCAGGCACAAAGGAGACUGAAAAGUCUGAUGCCACGGAUGAAACUGAGGCAUGCAUGGAAGACAAGACAGAUGAAGGGGCUCAUGAAGAGGCUCAGUCACCAUCAGAAGAUCAACAGGAAAGCAAGGAAGAACAGGCAGCAACAGGGGAAGAAGAAAAGAAGGAAGAGGGAGAAGAAAAGGAAGAGGUGGAGGAGCAAGAAGAGUCUUAGUACACUUCCCUGUGACACAUUCUUUCUUGAACAGGUUUUCAGGAAGCACAAGCUGGAGCAGACCCGCCAAAGAAAAUAAAAUCACUCUCUCAAGCAAAGCAUUACUACUUUUCAUGCCUGUAGACUUAUGAACAUAUAAAUACAUAACAGAACAAAGACACCACUCUGUCCUACCUGUGGCCUUUAUAUAUAUAUUUGGUAUUCCAAUUUCUUAUUAAAAUGGGUCCUCUUAUAGCUGACUGGUGAUAUUUCAGUUGAUUUUUAUAUGUUGGAAUAGUACUGUCCGUGUCACAUUUUAGAUUGUAAGCUCCUCAGGGCAGGAACCAUGUCUUUCUCCAUGUUUAUAUACUGCCAAACACAUCGCUGCCACUCGGCAGAUAACUGCACUCACACAAGUGAUGUAUUCAGAGAAGAAGAAAUUCAGCACUGAAAACUGCAAAGAGGCUUCCUGUGUACAAGCUAUGUGAGUCACUUCUCCCUCAGCUGGCUUUUCAAAAUGAUUGAGAUUUCCAUUGUACAGCAGUUUAAAUAAAUGCAUUUUCUGUCAUA